AUGAUGGGUUACAUGAUCGGCUUCUUUGAUUCGACCCUCAUGGCCUCCAGCCAUCCAGUUAUCACCUCCUACUUCAAAGCAGCCAACUCAGCCUCCUGGCUAUCAACGGCCUUCUUGUUGACCUCGACCGCAUUUAUGCCCCUCUUUGGACGUAUCUCGGACACAUUUGGCCGGAAACCUGUCUAUCUCUUCUCUAUCAGCAUGUUCUUCCUUACGACAGCAGGUUGUGGCUUGGCGCAAAGUAUCGGCGGUUUUAUCGCUGCUCGCGCGCUUUGUGGGCUUGGUGCCGGCGGUAUCUUCUCCAUCGGUCAGAUCAUCUCCAGUGACUUGGUGCAUCUCGAGUAUCGCGGGGUCUACCAAUCAUACAUCAACCUGUGUCUCGGCACCGGCAGUAGUCUCGGCCUUGCCUUUGGGGGUUACCUGUGUGAUCAUAUCGGCUGGCGGGGUGCGUUUCUCAUCCAACUGCCUUUCAUUUUCGUUUAUUUUAUCGCAGCCGCUUGGACAGUCCCGGCGGAUCUCGGCAUUAAACAAACUGGAAUGGAGCGCAUGAAAGUCUGGCAGUUGGUCCGGAGUAUCGAUAUAACGGGAUCAAUCAUUUUGAUUAUGUGUGUGACUCUGUUGAUAAUGGGUCUAAAUUUUGGAGGGAAUGUCUAUCCUUGGGGCCAUCCGCUCAUUAUCAUCUCCCUAGUGGCAUCAUUAGUCCUAGCUGUUAUCUUGGUGCGUUACGAGCGGCACGUCCCACGACCCGUGCUACCAAUUGAGCUCAUGGCAAAGGAUCCUCGAGCCAGUAUUAUCUUUGGCAAUUUCUUUGCCGCCAUGUCUGUACACACCAUGCUGUUCAACGCCCCGCUGUAUUUCCAGGCCGUGAAGCUGACCAGCCCAACUGCUUCUGGUCUACGCCUUGUGGCUUCCUCCAUAGCUGUCACUAUCUCUAGUGUGAGCACCGGGUUCAUGAUUAACUGGACCAGACGUCUCAAACCCUUCGUCAUGGUUGGUGUAUGCUGCAUGGUGAUAGGUGGGUGUGCAGCUGCGUCCAUGGGAAUUGACACCUCUCAACCACUCUCCAUGGUCUGCAUCUCAUUCUCCAGUCUAGGUCAGGGGUUUUCGUUUCCCACCCUCAUGGUAUCCAUUCUCGCAACCAGUGAGAAGCAAGAUCAGGCUGUCGCAACGACUACUCUGGGGCUGUGGAGAAGCCUUGGGGCCGUGAUGGGCGUGGCUGUCAGCAGCUGGAUCUUUCAGAAUAGUCUCAUAUACCACCUUAACAUAAACGUCACUGGUAUUGAGAAGAACCAUAUCAUUGCACUUGUCCGGAAAUCCGUUGAUACCAUUGCCCACCUGGAUCCAAUCCAUCGGCGAGAAGUCACUACAUCAUACUCCGCGGCUCUUCAGCUGACCUUCAUUUCUGCCGCCUUCUGGGGAGUCAUUGUGUUAAUAUUGCUGGGCCGAGUCCCACUACCGCGAUUGGGGAGAAAGGCCUAG